AUGUGUGCAAGUUCAAGACGAAGUGACUCUAUUGAGCUGAACACAUCGCCGGUACUGCGCCAGAUGCAUUUUCGCCUGAGACCGAGAGUGUUGACAAUAGAAGCUGUUGUCCUGCACGUACCCGGAAACUCUUUGAUACUGCCGCGAGUCGUCACGAUGGAUGCUCUCGAUUCUCUUGUCAACUUCGCCUGCCUUUUAAGUAGCUCAAACCUCCCAACGAAGUCGAAGGAUGACGCAGAGGAAACAUGCCGGGAACAGGAAAUGCGGAGAACAACGUCGACAGCUGCAACUGCACCUUCAAAGUAUCGUCCUGAGACAGCUAUGGAUCAUACUUGUUCUUCGGCGAACAUACAAGACGCGAUCCGACUCCACGUUCCAGACCACCAUUUCGAUACACAACUGCAGACAUCUUUCAAAAUCCACAAUUCUUAUUCGAUCAAUGGAAAUCGCGUUCAGGAUUAUGUGAACAGAGGAUCAGAAAAAACUGGCUGCGAUCAGCGCGCCCUUAACCGCCAGGGCGCCCAACCCAGGAUCAGCUGUCCAUGCGAUUCGACUGUUUGGACUACAAACGAGACGUUGUUGCCGUACCAGUACUCCGAGUACCCCGCCGGCGCAGGAGAGACAUCAUUAUGCACAUACCCUGGUAGUUGGCCUUAUCAGUGGCUUUGUGGUGAUGAAAGAUGCAUGUGUCGUUCAUAUGCAGCGAUGUCGUGCAGCACCUUCAACAACAUUGCUCCAAGCUCAGUAUACGGAGUGCGGUUUAUCAACCCAGACGAUGAGUGGAUGUGA